AUGACGCACACUCACUUUUCUUUCUCUUUCUCUGCAGGAUGCAGUGAUCAACUGCUGGAGGAGAUUUGUCACAUUUUGCCCUCCUCUUACCGAGAUCAGUGCGAGGCUGUGAUUGGCAAGUUCGGCAAGACGGUGCUGGACGCCAUCCUGAGCUACGCCACCCCUCAGGCCAUCUGCGCUCUCAUCCACCUGUGUAAAGGUCAAGAGGCUCCUCUCGUAGACCCAUGCACUUUGACAACAUACAGGUGCAGGGACAUCAAGACCGCCCUCAGAUGUGGAACGCUGUUUUACUGUCAGAAAUAUGCAUCGAAGCUUCUCAACUACAACGCGCUUUAAAAUGUUGAGGUAGGUGGAAUUUUAUGAGAAC